AUGUAUAGUCAAAUCCCUCUCGCAACGCUCUUUGCCGUGCUGGCCACGGCAUCACCAACACGAGACUUCCAUCUCAAACCCUACCUCUCGGCGCGCUCCGAUGCUGGGACUGUUAGAGCAGCAGCAGUAGAAAUAACGUCCGCCCAAAUCCUCGCCAUCGCACCCACCUCAUCAACCUGCGACAAUCCACCUGCCGAGGGCGAAUGCGCAACUGCCGAUCAAGCAGCGCCAUAUAUCAGCGACUCGUUCACGACGUACGGGGUUGACAAUGUCGCCGAACAGGCUGCACUGAUUGGGUUGAUGGCGUUUGAGACGCUCGAUUUCAAGUAUAAUCGAAAUCAUUUCCCUGGGGUUGCUGGGCAGGGCACGCGAAAUAUGCAAUCUCCAAGCUACAACGACAAAUACGCCUCCUCAAUUCCCGAACUAAGUGACGACUACGCCUCCUCUACAGGCGACGUGGCUGCUAUUUUGAAUCUGUUGCUGUCCGACGAAAAGUAUGAUUUUGGGUCCGCGGCAUGGUUUCUGACGACCCAGUGUAGUGACAGUGUGCGACAGGCGUUGCAGACGGGGUCCGAGGAAGGGUGGGAAGGGUAUAUUAGUGGGUGUGUGGGAACGACGGUGACGGAUGAUAGGAAGGCGUAUUGGAGUAGGGCUGUGGAGGCGCUUGGUGUUGGUUCUUCUUGA